AUGGCUCACUGGAGUCCUUCACUUCUUGGCUACAUCGUCUUUUGGAACGUUAUUCGUUCAUGUGUUGCUUUUCCAACAGGAGCCCCUGCAUCAGCCUGUGAGAAUAUGAUGCCUGUGCAUAUGGGGGUCCAGCCCCAGCCAAGUCCAGCCCCCUAUGAGAUCCAGAUUGAUGUAUCUUCCUUCGUGAACAGGCAGCCGAUUAAUGUUCAGAUUGUAGGGCCGGGAUACAGAGGCCUGUUGCUGGAAGCUCGCACCUUUGGCUCCACUGCUGCACUUGGCACUUGGCAGAAUCCUGCCAAUAACACUAAGUUCUUACAGUGCUCUGGAAACCCAAAAGGUGCGAUUACUCAUUCUAACACCGAGUUAAAAACAAGCCUGACCACUUAUACCUGGCUGCCCCCAAUCUCUGGUUGCCCUGACGUUAUUACAUUCAUGGCAACUGUAGCACAGUCUCGUGAAAUUUAUUGGCUCGGUGUCAAAUCCAAAGUGAUCUGGAGAGAUUCUAAAGCUACAUGUGGUGCUGAGAAGCUUACAUGGACAGUUAUUAUUGUGACAAUGAUGUCUUUCCACUUACUGCUUUUGCCUGGCUACUUAUAUUAA